CCGAUGACGCCGUGCGGCUUCCUCGAACUCACUCUCUCGGCCGACGUUGGCGGCGGGGAGCGGCGCAUGACGCCCUCGUCAUUGUCCGCGUUCUGCCAUCAGUCGCUUGCCAGUACGCUAUCAGCGCCCGGCGCGCCAGUUCUAUCGUUAUCGCUCGCGCAGCACAACAUCGAGAGCGCCUUCGAUGUUUUGAUCGCACACUCCGCAUGUUCAUCCCGACAACACGCAUUAUUUAAUCAAAUCACAACAACGAUGGGGACGGCAAGGGUAGCCGGCGUCGUCUUGUUAGCGCUGGCGGUAGCGACGCCGCCGUGCGCCUGUCUCAAGUGCGACAGGACGCCCGAGGGUGCGAUCACGUCCAAGAGCCGCGCCGACGACCGCUUCGUAAUUGAAGUCUCUGGCAAUCCAGCAACAUACGUUCCUGGCGAGCAGUACACAAUUUAUUUACACAGCAAUCCCGAAUAUCAAUCCCAGCACAAAUUCAAAGACUUUAUGCUGAUCGUGGAACAAGAAUCCUCCGAAAAGGUACUCAACGAAAUGUACGGCACGUCUGUGGGCUCGCUUCAGUUGUUUGGAGAUAUGAUGACCAAAUUCAGCGAGCGAUGCCGAAAUGCAGUCAUGCAAACAAAUUCACUGCCCAAGUCUGAAGUGCAGAUGUUGUGGUUAGCGCCUGCGGCCGGCAGUGGCUGUGUUGUUAUCCGCGCCACUGUGGUAGAAUCCAAAGAUGUGUGGUACGCUGACGACGGUAAACUCUCCAAGGUACUCUGUCAGGAGCUUGAGGAAAGCGAUGACGCACAACCGAAUGUCCUGCGACAUUGUUGCGCUUGUGACGAGGCAAAAUACGAGGUGACAUUCGAAGGAUUGUGGUCGCGCAACACGCACCCGAAGGACUUCCCGUCCAACGGCUGGCUAACGCGGUUUAGCGACAUCAUCGGGGCUUCUCAUUCCGUCGACUAUACUUUCUGGAAUUACGGGGACAUUGCCAGCGAAGGCCUGCGCCAACUGGCAGAGAAUGGCAAUACAAGGAUGUUGGAAGGGGAACUUAAAGAGAAGAGUAACCAUAUUCGUACAAUCAUAAAAGCUCGUGGGAUAAGCUAUCCAAACAUCACGGGUAAGACUUUCGCUGUGUUCCGCGUGGACAGCAAGCAUCACUUGAUGUCGCUCGUCUCGAUGAUUGAUCCAUCGCCAGACUGGAUCGUCGGUGUCUCCAGUCUAGAGUUGUGUUUACGCAACUGCUCCUGGGUAGAGUCCAGGGUAUUGAACCUUUAUCCAUGGGACGCAGGCACUGAUGACGGUCCAACCUAUAUAUCACCUAAUCAGCCAUCAAAUCCACGAGAUCCAAUCCGUCGUAUAAAGUCUAACAGUCCCAAUGACCCACGAUCACCUUUCUAUGACACAACUGGUGCUGAGAUGAAACCUUUAGCAAGGGUUUACUUAUCUAGGCAACGUCUGUACGAAAAAACCUGCGACUUAUCCCAAACUGAAAAUAACGAAGAGUUUGAUUCGGCUGGUGGUGGAGGUGACAGUUGUGAACUAGGUGCUUGGUCUGACUGGUCCUCGUGUUCAGCAACCUGCGGUAAAGGAUUCAAAUACAAACAAAGAGCGUACAAAAACGAAGAAAGUAAAUAUCACUGCACAAGAGUAUUGACUAAGAGAGCACCGUGCACGGCAAUUCAAAGACAUUGCCGGAAUCAACCCCAUGGUGGUCAUGAACACAAUCCGCAUUGCGCACUCACCGACUGGGGAGAAUGGUCCAGCUGCUCAGUGACGUGUGGUAAGGGGAUUAAAACGAGAAGCAGACGUUACAAAAACCACAAUGCCGCAAAACGUUGCGCGGCUGGUAAUGAACACCCUGAACCCUUGGAGCAGAACUUAGAAUGUGAAGAAGGUGAGUGCGCGGAAGGAGAACCCGAACUCACACCAGAAUGUGAGGCAAAAACCUGGUCGCAAUGGUCUCCAUGUUCAGCUUCCUGCGGUAAAGGAAUCAAGGUCAGAAGGAGAAUGUCAUUCCCAAAGCAUGGUUAUUCGCGAUAUGCCCGAGAUGAAGACGAAGAAGCACAAGAACAAGAAGAAGCAGAAGACGAUGAGGAUUGUCCUUCCGAAGAAAAAGUAGAGUGUGUCAAUGAUGAAAACCCUGUUUGCAACGAAAAUGAAGAAAUCGAUCCAGUUUCCUGCACUCUACCAAAAGACGAAGGAGGCUGUAAGAGUAACGUAGACCGGUGGUACUUUGAUGUGAUCAAAGGCAGCUGCGAUAUCUUCAGCUACAGUGGAUGCAUGGGAAACAAGAAUAAUUUCAAAACGCUGGAUCGCUGUGAAAAUGUUUGUGGGGAGUUUAAAAGAGAACUAAACGCAAAUAGGACCGCACAGAUACGCCAACUUGGCGUUAGCGUUUCUGGCGUCCUUACAUACAACAUGCAGUUGCAGAACGACGACGCCGAUAAAUGCGAGACCGAUCAAUCUAUUACCGGAAUACCCUCAGGCAGCCACAAAUUUGAAGACAAUGUCAUCGACCAACAACCCUCGGGGCAAGUAGUAGACUGUAAGAUGUCCCCAUGGUCAAAAUGGACACCUUGUAAUGGCUCCUGUCAGGAAAAGGAUGGCUUCAAAACCAAAUUUCGCACAAUCAAAGUUCAUCCAAUGAAUGGCGGUAAAAGAUGCCCCGAAAAAUUGAUUAAGAAACAUCGCUGUAAAACAAAAUGCGAUGAUGAAGAAACCCCCAUCCACAACAGCGAAGAAGAAGAUUCUGAGUUGAAUCCAACGUGGGGUCAACCUGGGCCCGUUGAAAGCAUCCGUGUUGAUUGCAUUAUGUCCCGAUGGUCAGCAUGGUCACCUUGCAGUAGAUCUUGCGGAUCAAACGCAGUCCAACAACGAACACGCAGCAUUAUAAGGCAACAUAGCGGACGGGGACAACAAUGUCUGCAUAGAACUGAGGAGCGCGCAUGCUCGCUUUUGGCUUGUCCUGAAUAAAUCACAUAAACUAUCGCCGAAGACCCAAUAUUAUACAUAUCGAUGCAUGCAUAUGAUACACGAUAAUAUCAACAGACCGAUUAUAGAAUCGAACACAACUUAAUUAAUUUACUUAUAAGGUGACGAUUGGAAGAAUCUCUUAGAGUUGUAUAUAAAAUUAACAACUUAAGUCUAGUCUGAAUUAUAUAAUCACGACAUUGUUAUAAAUUUAAUAAAAUUUAGCGUUUUGACUCGUU